AUCACUUUUGAAGACCUCGAUGAUUUCUUUAACGCACAGAUGAAGUAUAUGGCUGCCUACGGUGCCAGGGUUGGGGCUGGGGGCAUGGCCUUUGUUGUCUUGUGGUUGGUUUCCAAGAAUCGCAAAACGCCCAUUUUUAUCCUCAACCAACUUUCGUUACUCUGCUUUUUGGUUCAAUCGGUAUUAUACAUAGCCUACCUUCUCGGUGGGUCUGCUAAUAUGACAGCAGUGUUUACGGGAUACAUCCAGAACUCUACCACACAGUUCAAUAUCACGGCAGCCUCGAACGUGUUCCAAGUAUUGCUUAUUGCGUUUAUCGAAGCGUCCUUGGUAUUUCAGGUUCGUAUGAUUUUUCGGUCCAACAACAACCAACUCGCAGCAAGAAUCUUAAUGGGGACCUGUGGUUUGUUAGGGCUCACAACUGUCGUGUUUUACCUCGUGGCAUGUAUCAGAAGUAUUUCCAUCACCUUCGGGAGUAACGCCGGGGUGUGGGGAUCCAUGAGUAAAUGGAUUGUGAAUACCCCGAUUAUCUUAUUUGCUUCGUCGGUAAAUGUGAUGAGUUUGGUGUUAGUGGUAAAGUUACUACUCGCCAUUAGAACCAGAAGGUACUUGGGGUUAAAGCAACUUGACAGUCUCCACAUUCUCUUUAUCAUGUCCGGUCAAACAAUGAUCAUUCCCUCCGUCAUUACUAUCGUCGACUACGCUAGAAGUAACCUGAGCUUCAUUCUCUCUCCUCUCGGUACUUUUAUCGUUGUGCUUUCUUUACCUCUAUCGGCCAUGUGGGCGUCUGCCUCCCACAAUGAAUCUGCCCCGCAAAGU